CCUCAGGGGGGGGGGGGGGGUAAAACAGACUCAGACUCACAGUGCAGACUUUCAUAGAAGUGUGCUUAUUGCCAAGACGAGACGCAUGCAGCCUAUUUAAAAGACAAUCACAUGAUUUCAGUGGGAGUCAAAAUGGUCCGCGGGGGUCACUGGGUAGAGAGAGAGAGAGAGAGGGAGCAGCAGAGGGAGAGUGUGUGUUAAAGAGAGAGAGAGAGAGAGAGGGAGACUUUUUGGAUACUGGUCGGACUGUCUGAGUGGAGGAAAAAAAGAAAAUGACUCGCCUGGAAGAGAGGAUCUGAGUGAGUUCAAGCGAUCGGAAUACUGUGCUUGGAAAUGAAUGGAAACCAAAGAAGUGGCACAAAGUGAGUGAAGAAGAAGAAGAAGAAGCAUCUGAAACUUCGUUGAUGCCUCCUCGUUCACCACAAGCUCUGCAGAGCGGACUGCUUUAUUGGAGCUCUCUGGACGCGUGAUUUAGACCUUGUGCGUAAAGGUGACCAGAGAUGGCUUUCCUGCGGAUCAGUGCCGAGUGGAGGAGAACCUGGACGCGCCUCGUCUUCCAUCUCUUUUGCUUUUUCACUCUGAGCAAAAGCGUGCUUUUGAAUAAUGGUGACAGUGUUGGAUCUCAUCAAGAAGCGUCGGCCCUGCUCCGAUCUCUCAAUUUACCACAACACACAGAAUAUGAGAUUGUAUCUCCCUAUGAGGUCAGCCACCAAGGCAUCUACAUCUCUCACGAAGUUGCCCACCACCAGCGCAGGAGGCGACGCAGAUCCCUGACCCCAGAUGCGGGCUUUUCAUCAAAAACCGACGGCGGCAGUGAAAUGGUCCACUUCCGGCUGAGCGGCUUGGGGCAGGACUUCCACAUGGAGCUGAGGGAGGCCUCGGAGAGCCUGGUUGCACCUGGCUUCACCAUCCAGGUCCUGGGAAAGAACGGCACCAAGAGCCUGAGGGCCUACCACCAGGACGACCUCUGCUUUUACCAGGGGUCGCUGAGAUCAAGGGUCAACUCCUCGGUGGCACUGUCCACAUGCACGGGGAUGUCAGGUUUGAUCAGAACACAAGAUGCUGACUACUUCCUGAGACCCGUGUCCCGCAGCCUCGCCCAGAGAGAGAACUUCACAGCACCCUCCAGUCACCAACCACACGUCCUCUACAAGAGCGAGAGGGACACCCGGUCAGAGCAGAGAGGUCGUGACCCUCGGGUGCUUCAGAAGAGAUCCCCAAAUUCACCUCAUCACAAACCGCACUUUGUCACCAAGAGAUCCACAAACUCACAGACAGACCCCGCCACCUACACCGACAAAGUUAACGAAGAGCAGCACAUCGGUCACGGCGACCAGACGGAGCAUCAUGACAGUGGCCAUCACCGCAACAGCCAUCGCCACGACGGUGACCACAGACACGGGGAGAAGCAGAGGCAACACUUCUGCGGGAGACGGAAGAAAUACAUGCCCAAACCUCCAGAAGAGGAUGUCUUUAUCCUCCCAGAUGAGUACAAGUUCGUCCCGAGGAGCAAAAGAGCAGCGCCGAUGAAGAACCAGGCCAAUCAGAAGCUCAACGUGGAGACGCUGGUGGUGGUGGACAGGAAGAUGAUGGACAACCACGGCCAAGAGAACAUUACCACAUAUGUUCUUACUGUGCUUAAUAUGGUCUCCAGUCUCUUCAAAGACGGUACGAUAGGGGGGAACAUCAACAUAGUGAUAGUUGGCCUCGUGCUUCUGGAUGAAGAGCAGGAUGGCUUGGUGAUCAACCACCAUGCAGACCACACACUGAACAGCUUCUGCCACUGGCAGUCCACUCUGGGAGGCAGAGAGGGCCGACACCACGACCACGCCAUCCUCCUCACAGGACUCGACAUCUGCUCCUGGAAGAACGAACCCUGCGACACUCUCGGUUUUGCUCCAAUUAGUGGGAUGUGCAGCAAGUACCGGAGCUGUACCAUUAAUGAGGACACAGGCCUGGGUCUGGCGUUCACCAUCGCCCAUGAAUCCGGACACAAUUUUGGAAUGGUCCACGAUGGCGAAGGGAACGUUUGUAAGAAGUCCGAAGGAAACAUCAUGUCUCCCACAUUAGCCGGUCACAACGGUAUCUUCUCCUGGUCGGACUGCAGCCGCCAGUACCUCAGCCGCUUCCUCAAUUCUGCCCAGGCUGUGUGCCUAUCAGAUGAACCCAGAGCAGUCAAGGAGUAUCGGUACCCGGAGAAGCUGCCUGGCGAGCUCUACGACGCAGACACGCAGUGUAAAUGGCAAUUCGGGGAGAAGGCCAAACUCUGCACCCUCGACUUUAAGAAGGAUAUCUGCAAGGCUCUGUGGUGCCAUCGUGUUGGGAGGAAGUGUGAGACCAAGUUCAUGCCAGCUGCUGAAGGCUCCGCCUGCGGCCCUGAUAUGUGGUGUCGGAGGGGCCAGUGUGUGAAACAGGGCGACGAGGGUCCUAGGCCUCAGCACGGCCAGUGGUCAGAGUGGUCGUCCUGGUCUGCCUGCUCACGAAGCUGUGAGAGCGGAGUCACCUAUCGAGAGAGGCAGUGCAACAACCCAAGACCUGCAUACGGAGGGGAGUUCUGCGAGGGUUCCUCCAGGUCGUACAAACUUUGCAACACCGAGGACUGCCCCCACAACACCACUGACUACAGGGCGCAGCAGUGUGCCGAGUUCAACAGCAAACAGUUCAGAGGAUGGUACUACAGCUGGAGGCCGUACACCAGAGUGGACGAUCAAGAUGUGUGUAAGCUGUACUGCUUUGCUGAAGGCUACGAUUUCUUCUUUGCCCUGGCCGGCAAAGUUAAGGAUGGGACACUCUGCUCACAGGACAGCACUAAUGUCUGCAUUGACGGACUGUGUGAGAGAGUGGGCUGUGACCGUGUUUUGGGCUCCACGGCUGUGCCUGAUGUUUGCGGGGUGUGUAAAGGAGACAACUCCACCUGCAAGAUCUACAAAGGACAGUACACCAAACAGCAUUACACUAACCAGUACUAUGGGGUGGUGACCAUCCCAGCGGGAGCUCGGAGUAUCCGUGUUAUGGAACUGAAUACGUCCAGCUCCUACCUGGCCAUCAGGGACACCCAGAGACGCUACUACCUGAACGGGCACUGGACGGUGGACUGGCCAGGCCGACACCCCAUCGCUGGAGCUAUUUUUGAGUACAAGAGACCCUACAACAGACCAGAGAGCCUCAUAUCAACUGGCCCCACUAAUGAGACGCUAGUCAUAGAGAUAUUGUUGCAGGGCUGGAACCCAGGUGUACGUUGGGAAUACACUCUGAAGAAAGCCGACGAGAAAAGGAACCACAUCAAACACAAUUAUACAUGGGCCAUCAUACGCUCCCAAUGCUCAGCAACUUGUGCCGGAGGCCAGAUGAACACCAAGUCAGCGUGCUACAAAGACUUGAGAGUGCAAGUGAAUACAUCGCACUGCAACCCCAGAUCAAGACCAGCUACUGGACUGAUGCCCUGCAACACCCAACCAUGUCCCGCCAGCUGGUCUGUAGGAGAGUGGGGGGUGUGCAGCCGGAGCUGCGGAGGAGGGGAGCAGACGCGGCAGGCCCGGUGCGUCCAGAGGACCAGCCAGACCGAUGUAGACGCCGUGGCCGACUCCCACUGUGCCCCGCCCACCCCGGCCAGAAGGCAGGCCUGCAACACGCACAGCUGUCCGCCAGUUUGGACCGCUGGGCCAUGGUCACAGUGUUCUCGUAAGUGUGGCAGCGGCCUGAAGAAGAGGACAGUGCAGUGUACGAGCACCGACCCAGGAUCCCGGACGCACACGAUGGCGGACAGUUUGUGCACGGGCCUGUCGAAACCCGCCAGUCAAGAAUCCUGUUUCAUCAAACGCUGCCCGAAACAACGCAAAGUCCAGUGGUUUGUCUCCACAUGGCAAGAGUGUACGGUGACAUGCGGUCGUGGCUCUCAGGCGCGCUUCAUCAAGUGUGCAGAGAAGGACACUGCAGGAAAGUACAGAGAGCUUGCUGCCAAAAAGUGCCACCAUGUCCCCAAGCCCACAGUGGAGCUCCAGAGGCCCUGCAUCCUGUCCGAGUGCCCCGUCCGCACUACCCCACCCAUCCACCGAUGGAGCACGCACCAUCGCACCCAUCCACCUCAACCCCUCCCUCAACCUCCGCCGCCUCGUGCAGAAUGGCACUCAUCACCUUGGUCUCAGUGCACAGUGACAUGCGGAGGAGGAGUGCAGGCCAGGACAGUCCAAUGUCUGGUCCAAGGGAAGCCCUCUCCUGGCUGUGCCCUUCAUCUUAAACCUGCAAUGUCCCAGGCCUGCAACACCAACUUCUGCCCGCAACCUGAGAAGAAAGACCUCGCAUGUCGGGAUUACUUCAACUGGUGUCACCUGGUGCCCCAGCACGGAGUCUGCAACCACAAGUUCUAUGGCAAGCAGUGCUGUCAGUCAUGUUCCAAUUCAAACCUAUAAUCCUACGGAGUGACUCUGUCUGUGACACAGACAGAUAGGUAGCUAGAUAGACAAAAAAGACUAUAUUUGACGUCCAUGCUUGAAAAGACUGUGUUUUUUUGCUUUAAGCGUGUGGCGAGCACUGAAAACAAAAAGGACACUUCAAUGGAAGUGCAAAAGAGGGUUCCUUUCUUUCUUCUCCCUUGCGAUGCCGGACAUCUGGAUACAAGAACUUGAUUCACUACACAGGAAUGUGAUCAGGACAGUACAAAUAAAAAGGAGAGAAGUCAUGAGGAGGAGCUAGCAACAUGGGAAUCUUGAUUAAAGCGAAUAGGACUGACAUAUCCAAAAGAAACUGAAAACCUGAGAAGUCCCAGCUUUGUUUAUAUACUGUAUGUAACUGAAGAGAUCUGUGCCCAGGACACCCAACAUCUCCCAGUCAACCGAAGGCCAUCGAUGGCAGGCCAACAGAGAAAUAAAACAGUUGACGAGGUUUCAGGCACUGCCACGCAACAACACGCGAUGAUACGCCCCGGUCUGGGAUCUGAUAAUGAAAAGGGAUGUUUCAAAGAAGCAAGUAAGAGAACAUAAUUUUUACUCUACGUACGGCUUGAUAAAAAACAGACUGGGAAUAAUCAAAGUGGGCUUCCUCAAUAGCUGGACAAUAGCAGGAAGCUUUGCGCUGUCACGAAAUCAAAGAAAAAAGGAAAGAACAAAACGAAAUGCAUCCUACAUGAGAGAUAUUCUGAGAUGGGUCAAGGCUGCGUGAACUGACUUUCAUACUCAGCGGUGCUACAACGUUGUCUUCCGUCACCAAAUCAACGUGAAAUCCUCAAGUUUCAGGAAAGAGCAAAUGAAUUUGUGUGACCCCAUGUACAGUAUUGUUUGUUUUAUUUAUUGGCUUUACGAUACAGCGUUGCUGGAAGACUGUAUUAAUAAGCAAUAUAAAUGUGUCAUUGUAUUACUCUAAACCCCUAGACCCAUUACCUUUACAUUUUGUAUCAUGUUUCAUAGAAUUUCAUGCUGACAAACUGCACCUUUUUUUAUUCAAAAACAUUUAUUUUAUUUUUAAGAAAAUGUGAUGUCAAAAGCCCAAUUCAUCAAUGUCAAUUAUUAGAGAUCAUUUUACAACCGCUGCCAAGUACAAAUCUUUUAUUAAUCACAAAAUUGUAUGAACAUGCUGUUUGAAGAGUCACUGCUCCAUCUUUACAUUACAUACGUUAAUACACAACUCAUGUAUUGCAUGCAUUGAUAUGGCACAAAACAAUAAUGCAUCGGUUAUGGUUAAAAAGCACUGAUAGACAGGCGAUGGCUAUUUCAAUGUGAUUUUUUUACAAUGUAAAUGAAAUAACAAUAAACAAAUGUGUGUCACGUCAGCAUCUCAACUGUG